ACAUCCCGGGGUUUGCAACAGCCCAGGAAAAUGUUCUCUCGGCUUGUUUGCAUCAAUGAUUAUGAACAACAUGCUAAAUCUGUACUUCAAAAGUCUAUAUAUGACUAUUAUAAAUCUGGGGCAAAUGAUCAGGAAACCCUGGCUGAUAAUAUUGCAGCAUUUUCCAGGUGGAAGCUAUAUCCAAGGAUGCUCCGGAACGUUGCUGAAAUAGACCUGUCGACUUCUGUUUUAGGGCAAAAAGUCAGCAUGCCAAUCUGCGUUGGGGCCACUGCCAUGCAGUGCAUGGCUCACGUGGAUGGGGAGCUUGCAACAGUGCGAGCCUGCAGGUCACUGGGAACUGGCAUGAUGCUGAGUUCCUGGGCCACCUCCUCAAUUGAAGAAGUGGCAGAAGCUGGUCCCGAGGCGAUUCGCUGGCUGCAGCUGUACAUCUACAAGGACCGUGAGGUCACCAAGCAGCUUGUGCGGAGGGCUGAGCGAAUGGGCUACAAGGCCAUAUUUGUGACCGUGGACACCCCUUACCUGGGCAACCGCUUUGAUGACGUGCGUAACAGGUUCAAGAUGCCACCCCAACUCAGAAUGAAAAAUUUUGAAACCAGUGAUUUAGCAUUUUCUUCGAAGGAAAAUUUUGGAGAUAAAAGUGGACUUGCUGCAUAUGUGGCUAAAGCAAUAGACCCAUCCAUCAGCUGGGAGGAUAUUAAAUGGCUGAGAAGACUGACAUCUCUGCCCAUUGUUGCAAAAGGCAUUUUGAGAGGUGAUGAUGCCAAGACGGCAGUUAAACACGGUUUGGAUGGGAUCUUGGUGUCAAAUCAUGGGGCUCGACAGCUUGACGGGGUGCCAGCCACUAUUGAUGCUCUGCCAGAAAUAGUGGAGGCUGUGGAAGGGAAGGUGGAGGUCUUCCUGGAUGGCGGUGUGCGGAAGGGAACUGACGUUCUGAAAGCUCUGGCCCUGGGAGCCAAGGCUGUGUUUGUGGGGAGACCGAUCAUUUGGGGCUUGGCUUCCCAGGGAGAGAAAGGUGUUCAGGAUGUCCUUGAGAUACUGAAGGAGGAAUUCUGGUUGGCCAUGGCUCUGAGUGGGUGCCAGAAUGUGAAAGUCAUCGACAAGACAUUGAUCAGAAUUUACAGUACUGGGAAAGGAUCAGAGGGAGAAGAAAUCUUUCCUGCAUGCUCUAACUUGUCUGGCCUCCCCAGUGUCUCUGUGCAUGUAUGACAAUCCAUCAUUCCUGUCUACUGACUAGUUUUUCCUGCAGAAGGUCAUUGCCUAUAACUCUCUCCAACAGUUCUUCAUCAGAUCUUAUUCUGGUGAGAGCUGGAGCCAGAGAGAAUACAGUUGAGCACUUGCCUCUGGCUCCCAUUCUAGCCCUGGGAAGGCUAGACUCCAGGAUGAAGGAGACGGGAAUCCAGCCAUGAAUAUCUGUUCCAGUCAGAUUUCUUGCCAGGCUGGGAUCUGGUCCUUAUUGGAACACCUGAGUUCCUGCUCUUCUAUCUUUCAUCUCUAUGGUUUGGUGGUUUAGACAUUUCCACUGUCAGGUAUGUCCUCUUAUCCAAGAUAGCUGGACCUGAAAACCUACAGAACAGUGAUCAUAGGAGAUUUUGAUCUGCAGUUGUUAUAUAAAAUUCAGAAAUACAGUAUGUUUCCAAAUAGAUUCUUCCAAGUAUGGCUCUUUUAUCCUCAUGUCCUAGGAUUAUCCAGAUAACUCAUAUACAUAGGGAACACUUCUACAGAGACAAAGACCACAUGUUGGGUUUUGAAUAAAACACACUGAUAAGCAAAGUUAAAAAGACAAUAUUGUACAUUGACAUAAUUUAUACUGUAUCUAUUAAAUGUGUUCUAUUUAUGUUUAUUAGCUACUGGGUAUUGAUUCAUCACUUGACUUUUUGCUACCGCAUAGUCUCUUAUUUCCAGUUAUGACGUUCUUUUUUUUUUUUUUGGGUAAGAGGCUCUGGAAAAUUUUUUAAAAAUACAGAUUCUAAAGUUCUGAUUUGUGGAAAAUCUGGAUUACAAGGAGACUAGCCCAUUCUGGGCUGUAUGACAGGCACAAUUUUUAUGUUUUUAUGUCUCAACAUCGAGGACCUAUUUGAAGCUGUCUUACUCAAAAGUGUUUUCCAGCAUCUCUGUCCAAC